AUGGAGAACUCAGCAGACAGUUUUGAAUUUGUGUUUUUCCUGGUCAAGACCUUGAGCAGCAGCUGUCGCACGACAAGACAAAGCUCGGAAAGAAUUGAGCAUCUGGUUAGAAGAGUAGCCAAACUCUCGCAUGCAUCGUACGAGGACUUAUCCAGGGAGCCUAGCGAAGAGCUGCGUGAAAGAUAUGAUGCUCUGGCUGUGGAAACCGAGGAGGAGAGACUUUUGCGCGAGAACUUCUCUUUGAUCUACGAGAUUGAGAUGCAAGAAUUCAUUUGCGAGCGCAUAUGGUCGCUAGUGGACCAAAUAGAAGAACUUUUACGAUCGAUUAAAAGAUUUGCAUUGGAGCAAAAAGCACACAGAACUCAAAAGGAGCGAUCUUUCAUUGAAUCGGUCCUUAAGCAACGGAUUUCUGGGCUUGAAACCAGUACUAAAACGCUCCAGACAACGGCAACGGUCUCACGGAACAAGGUAGAAUCUCUGGUGAACUCUUUGAAGGAUUUUACAAAAGACAUUGAUUGGGACCUCUUGGCCCAGUCACAGGACGGUAGAAAUGUGCUCACCAUUUUGGACGCUGUUGAAUAUCAGUAUAAACUAAAGCUCAAAAAUAACUAA